AACCGCUAAAAAGCGCCUCUCUAUAUCUCUUCCGUUAAAUUUGGCGCCCCCCAAACCGCCACACAUCAGUAAGCCUUUACCAUAUCACGCCAGAGUCGUCUUCUCUAUCUCUCUCCAUUUUCUCAAUCUCAAACCCCGGAAUCAGCGGUUCAAAUCUUGAAAUACCAUCCUCAGUUGAAGGUUCUGUUUUUUCCCUCGGUGGACGCAGAGGGAAGAGCAAUGGAAAACUCAGACACUUCAGAGACUUCAUAUUCUCUCCCCAGUCUCUUGUGCCAGGAAAAUGAAGCUUGCUUUGGGGAGGAAGAACAGGACCAGUAUAUGAACUUGGACCCAUGUCUUUUCUCACAGUCAGAGGAUGAAUAUAUACAAAGUUUGGUCAAAAGAGAAACUAAAAGCACUAUGUCUUCUGAUAAUCGCUCAAUCACCAACCAAAGCUGGCUGAAACGGGCUCGCCUGGACUCCAUCAAAUGGGUUCUCAAUACUAGAGCGUUCUUUGGGUUUCAGUACCGUACAGCAUACCUAUGUGUGGCUUAUUUCGAUCUCUUUCUUUCUAGGCGAUCCAUUGAUAACGAGAAGUUUUGGGCUACUAGACUGUUAUCAGUGGCAUGUUUAUCAUUGGCGGCCAAAAUGGAAGAGCUCAGAGUACCAAACCUGUCUGAAUUUCCGGUUGAAGGCUACUAUUUCGAUAACAAGGUGAUUCGGAGAAUGGAGUUGAUGGUUUUGGAGACUUUGGAAUGGAAAAUGCUUUCCAUCACUCCUUUUGAUUUUAUCCCAUGCUUCAUCAACAAAUUUUGUGGUGAAUCCAAAUCAAAAGAAUUGGUAUCUAGAACCAUGGAACUCCUUCUGGCUAUAACAAGAGAGGUUAACUUGAUGGAUCAUCGGCCUUCAGUGAUUGCUGCAGCUGCAGUGUUAGUUGCCUUUGAUGGUCAAUUAACUAGGAAAACAAUGGAUUGCAAGAUGAGUGUGAUCUCAUUAUGGGGUUCUCGAGAAAAUGAGCACAUCUUUUCCUGUUAUAGUCUUCUGCAGGAAAUAGAGAUGGGAAAAUCCAAGACACCCAAACAACUGAUAUCCCCAAAUUUGUCAUUAUCAGAUAAUUCCAGCUCUAUUGAUGUUGAUGAGAGUUCUUUCACCUCUGCUGUUGGUUCUAAGAGGAGACUUAUAUACAAUGACUGUGAUGAAGUUUGCCAGUCUGCUAAAAUUUGUCAUCGAUGAUUAGGCGAGAAUUUGAUUUGUUUAGUAAAGGUUGAUUUGUGUUAAUUGAUUGGAAUAUAGGAAGUUCUUUACUGGAAAAAUGAUUCUUGGUUAUAGAUUGGAUUAUAGAUGAAAUGAGUGUUGUCUGCCAAUUCAUGGUAUGAUUUGGAAUUUGAUUGGGGAAUUGUUUCCAUUUUCCAAUACCUAACAAAAGUCUCAGCCAGUGACAACCAUGCAGAUAGAGAAAAGGGAAAGUAAAUAAAUAAAGAAGGAUCACUUUAGCCUACAGUAAGUAAGGAGGUAAGAAGCUGACUGAAGUGGAAGGAGAUUGAAGAUCAGGACUGUUUAUCUCAUUCCUAUUCUAGCAGUUGUUUUGCGUUCAUGAAUGCUAGUAUUGCCCAUCCACUUUUUCAGUCUGUUGUAUUGUUUUCUUUUGUUUGUGAAUGGGGGGAAUAUAUUUAUAUUUGUGUAAGCACCAGUUGAGACCCCAUGGCCUUUGAUGGGGGAGCUUGGGAUGCUUCCUGUUGUCUUUCAAAAGGCUGAAAGCCAUGAGGAAUGAGGAGUUGUUUUUGUUUGAUUUGA